AUGGCGUUGGAGCUGUGGGCCAUCCUGAAAGAUUCCAUCACAGCUUACACAGGCCUCUCCCCGACUACCUUCUUCAUGGUCCUAGCCCUAGCGAUGGCCUUCUACUAUGCCAUCUCCAACUUCUUCGAUUCUCCACCUCCUUCGCAGAGGUCGAGGGAUUACGAGGAGAAGAUGGAGCCUCUGCCGCCUCCGGUCCAGUUCAGGGAGAUCACGGAGGAGGAGCUGAAGGUGUACGACGGAUCGAACCCUAAGAAGCCACUGCUGAUGGCGAUCAAGGGCCUUCCGUUGCUUGUGAAUCUUCGAUUCUCAGGGAUUUGCAUUGAAAAUGUUAUACUGAUGCUCAAGCAGAGGAUUAAAAUGGAAUCCCCAAUCUGA